ACCAAAAAGGCCCAACCCAAACGACCCAAACAAUGAAGCGAACAUUCCCGUCUAUAGAGCGCCGGACGGGAUGUGAUGCAACACAGCCUGAUGGCUAUCUCUGGACUGCGUCGCCUCCCCCCGCGACCGGUCUGGGUGCCCGGGGGCGAUGGGCGGCCCCCGCCGCUCACUACCUGCCCGCGCCCGGCGCCGUGACCCCACUGCAGUGAGAGGGAGGUGCACGGACAGGUUGCACGCUUCGACAGCGCUCUGCACGGUUUGGAGCAAAGCUGUCCGGUACGCAGUGCACAGGAUUCGGUAAAAAGGAUGAAGCUGCUUCUCUUAUGCCUACUCGUAUGGGUGGCUAACGCCCAGGACACCCCAAACAAAGCAGAACAUCAUGAAACCCCACACACAACAGAACAUCAUGAAACUCCACACACAGACACAACAGAACAUCAUGAAAACCCAAACAAAACAGAACAUCAUGAAGCCCCAAACAAAACAGAACAUCAUGAAGCCCCAAACAAAACAGAGCAUGCAUCUGGAGAGGCUUCGCAUACCGAACACAAGACUGUCGAGGCGAUUCUAUCCAAAGUGGAAGAAGAAAAGGUAUCUGAUUGGGUGCAAGACUGGGUUGAACCAGGCUCAGUUUGCAAACUCAAGAGUCCGCUGACGUUCCCGUGGAUGUGGGAGUGUCGGGAAGGCGCCUGUCUGCGCACUCCCGUUAGCGAGGCUACCAAUGGCAUGACCCUCGGCGGCUGCAAGCUGACUUGUGGUAAGGGACUCACCCUCUGGCCGAAACCCACUGGAACGUUCACCCUCGGCAAAACGCCAGUGUCCUUCAAGUACAGCCAGGUUAUUGUCAUCGUGGACGCCCCGCAGGAUGUUCGCGGCCAUGUUGAGAAGGCCGGUAACAGACUGAAGGAAACGCUCCGUGACAUGCGACCUCCUGGCGGAAGCUGCCUGGAGCUAUCUUCUGCGAGUGAUGCUAACCUGGCGACGCGUCAGCUGACAAUCCGCGUCACUGUAGAACAAUCUGAUGCGUCACUCACGCUGAAGACUGACGAGUCCUACAAGCUAAACAUCACGCACACCGACGCCGACCAGCUGGAGGCGCACAUCGAGGCCAAGACGUUCUUCGGCGCGCGCCACGGCAUGGAGACGCUCUCGCAGCUGGUGGCGUACGACGACGCCAACGACGCGCUGAUGACGGUGACGGCCGACGUCAGAGACGCGCCCGUGUACCCGGUGCGCGCGCUGACGCUCGACACGUCGCGCAACUUCAUCUCGGUGGCCGGCCUGCGCCGCACCAUCGGCGCCAUGGCCAUGAACAAGCUGAACACGCUGCACUGGCACAUCACCGACACGCACAGCUUCCCGAUCGAGAUCACGGGCGAGCCGCGCCUGGCGCAGUACGGCGCGUACUCGCCGCGCGAGGUCUACACCCGGGCGGAGGUGGAGGAGCUGGUGCAGUUCGCGCUGGAGCGGGGUGUGCGCCUGCUGCCCGAGCUGGACAUGCCCGCCCACGUCGGCUACGGCUGGCAGUGGGGCGAGAAGGCUGGGAUGGGGAAUCUCACCGUCUGUUUGGGCAAGGAGCCGUGGCAGCAGUUCUGCGUCGAACCGCCUUGCGGGCAGAUGAACAUCAUCAAUGAGAACCUCUAUAAGGUUCUGAAGACGAUUCUGGUGGAAUACAACGAUGUCUUCCAGCCGGACCUGUUCCAUAUUGGUGGAGACGAGAUCAACCUGAACUGCUGGAAGACGACGCCAGAGAUUGCUGCGUUCGUCAAGGAGAAGGGAGGCGACCCCACCGACGACGAGGAGUACAUGAAGCUGUGGAUCCAGUUCCAGGAGCGUGUCUACGACAUGUGGACCAGCAUCGCUGGCGAGCAGAAGACGAUUCUGUGGACGUCGCACCUCACCCAGAGACCCGCCGAAGAGUCGCGUCUCGAUCCCAGCAAGUACAUCAUCCAGAUCUGGACCACGGGCAAAGACCAGCAGAUCGGCGACUUGCUCAAACAGGGCUACGAGCUGAUUCUAUCCAACUACGACGCCUGGUAUCUGGACUGUGGUGGUUCCGCCUGGGUCGGGAAGGGAAACAACUGGUGCUCGCCCUACAAGAGCUGGCAGACCGUCUACGAAAACAGUCCCAGGAAGAUAGCGCAGAGCUUCCAGAGCAGCUCUGAUGCCGCUGCGUCUCAGCCAGCUAGUCAGUCAGACUUCUCUGCCCAGAUUCUGGGAGGCUCUGCCGCGCUGUGGACUGAGCAGGCCGACGACGCGAACCUGGACAACAAGCUGUGGCCUCGCGGCGCGGCGCUGGCCGAGCGUCUGUGGGCGGAGCCGGAUACGGACUCGCUAGCGGCCCAGUGGCGCCUCGUGCACCACCGUCGGCGAAUGGUGGCCCGUGGGGUCCAUGCGGAGACCAUGCAGCCAAAGUACUGCCACCAGUACGACGGCACAUGCUAUAUCGACUGAGUGCUGGGCAAAUCCUCGCUGGGAGCGGUAUUUGCUGCAUUACCGUCCGUCAAUUUUCGUAGAUGAGUUUUUGCACUUGAUGAAAUUUAUGUGACUUUACAUCUCCGCUGUUUUUCGUAAUCAAUUCGUUCUUUGCAACAGACUGACUUAAAAAAUGUAGCAACAGACCGAUUAUAAAUGUAUCGUGAGCUGUUUAGUUGUCUGUAUGUACAUGCCGAUUGCCGAUGAUUUGCUAAUUUCAAUGUGGCUGAUACACCAUAAUAGUUGAUAGAUACCUUGUGACGAAGUUGUGCCAAUAAAACGUAAAACGUU